AUGAAUUACGAGCAGGGGUACUACCUAGGAGAUGGUGCAUAUCCCAUGUAUGGUUGCAUCGUGCAAGCACACAAACCCUCCUCAAACAAUAGAGAAGCUCUUUUCAAUCAAUACCAAGAAGCAAAAAGGAAGGACAUAGAACGUGCAUUUGGUGGUCUUAAAGGUAAGUUUGAAAUUAUAUUGGAACCUUGUCGUUAUUAUAAAAAAUCGUACAUGAAAGUAAUUAUGAGGGGGUGCUUGAUAAUGCACAACAUGUGUGUUGAGAUGGAAUAUCGCGAUGCGGAUUGGGGGAGGAUCACGGGAGAUGAACCUCAACAGCCAAUUCAAGGAAAUGUAAGGCUAGCUCCUCAUGUAUUGUACAACCCUACGAUUUGGGGAAAACUUCGCUUGGAACUCACUACACACAUAUGGAACCGACACGGAGGAGGUUUGAGAGAUGGUGAUAUUCCAAACAUGGUUAUGGAUGAUGCCUUGCCGAAAGUUGAUGAGGGUACAACCGACGUGGACACCGACGAAGACCAAUAUGACACUCAAGAAGAUGGUGCAUUUUACGAGAAUGGAGAGUAA